AUGGCUGAGCACACGGACUCCGUCGUCGCAAACCUCGUCGUCAUAAGCUACGACAGGCUCCAGCGAAGAGAUGCCGAUGAAGCCGCCAGAUUGCAUUUGGCCUGUGUGGAGUGGGGUUUCUUCUACCUUGAUUUGGGGGACGGCGGGCGGGAGAUGCUCAAGACGGUCGACGAGCUAUUGCCGGUAGCGCGGGAAUAUUUCGCGAAGCCCUUCGAGGAGAAGUUGAAAGACACGCACGAGAAUGAGGAUAUUUUUCAGAUCUGCGGCUACAAACCACUGGGCCUGGACCAGGGCAACGUCAAAAAUCAAAAGGACGGCUGUGAGGGGCUACGGCUACCGCUCGAUCUGCAAAACCGUCUUGCGGACGGACGAAUGUCCAUCCCGCAAGGUAUAGAGAACAGCUGGUCCAAAGUCGCCAAGUUCAUGGUCGAGGGCUCUGCGGUCUGCAACCUCGUGCUCGAGAGCCUCUCUACCUCGAUGGGCCUCCAAGGCGAAGAGAGGCUCGAGGCGCAGCACCGAGACAAGUCUCCAUCCACCUCGACGGCGGUCCUCCAGUGCUAUCCGGCAGUGCGGGACCUGCCGCCCAACACGAGCCAGGGCCACUUUGCCCACACAGACGCCGGGAGCAUCUCGAUGCUCUUUGCCUCUGAAUGGGGCCUCCAGGUGCACUCGCCGCGGCACGCGCGGUGGGAGUACGUGACACCUCGCCCAGGCUGUGCCGUCGUCAACGUCGGCGACAGCCUUCGCUUUCUGUCCGAGUUCAGGCUCAGGUCGAGCCUGCACCGCGUCGUCCCGCACCGGGAACGCUGGCACGCCAACACCCGCUACUCGGUGCUCUUCUUCCUGCGUCCCAACAACGAUGCCAGCUUUACGGACUCGGAGGGCGUGUCCUGGAAGGCGGUCGACUGGCUCGGGAGGAAGUUUGGCAACUAUCGCCGCAGCCACAGAGAGCAGAAGGAGUCGGCCAUGUCGACGGGCAGGAAGGGGUUAAUGGGUCUUUGGGAGGAUUCAUAA